GACGGAGUGGACUCAGUGCUGCCACCGCAGAAGCGUCCCACCUACAGCCAGCCCAGCAUCAUGCCUCGCAAACAGUGGGUGGUGGUGAAAACAGAACGCAUGGAGGACGACGACCUCAUCGUUGUGUCCGGGGAAGAAGGAGGCGAGGACGAGGAGGACGAGGACGAGAGGGAGCUGGAGCUGGCCAGAGAGAGGGAGAGGAGCGACUUCAACAUUUCCAACGUCAGGAGCCUCUCUGUCGAGCUGGGAGGCAGAGCCGAGAACGACAUGGACUCACAGAUGGACUACUGCCAGUCUUCAGAAGACUACCUCAAGUUUGAAGGCAGUUUAAUGGACCAGACUUUAGCUCAGCACCUUCACGACAGCGCUGCAGGUCAGAGCCAGAGCGCGAACCGUGCGGUUUCAGCGCUGCUGGGCCAGGUUCAGUCUGCGGCUACGGCCCGUGCCCAGCUCUUCCCCCUGGACAUGCAGGGGAACCAGAUCCUCCUCUACAGCCAGGCCUCUGGACUCUCGCUGGACGCUGCCGCCCCCCCUCUAGGGAUGGCAGGUGGGAUGAUAGGAGCAGCGUCUUUCAAAGGUCCCAAUCUGGAGCAUGGUGCGGUCCAACUGUCGAUGCAGGGUGGUUUGGGAGUUGAUGGCUUGGACAGUGGGGGGAUUGGAGGUGGCAGCAGUGGCAGCAACAGCAGCACUGGGGGUUCUGGGAAAAUGUUUAUGUGUCACUGUGGUAAGACGUUCACCCACAAGAGCAUGAGGGAUCGCCACAUUAACAUGCACCUGGACCUGAGGCCCUUCCACUGCCCCGUCUGUGCCAAGAAGUUCAAGAUGAAGCAUCACCUCACGGAGCACAUGAAGACGCACACGGGCCUCAAGCCGUACGACUGCCUCGGCUGUGGCAAGAAGUUCAUGUGGCGCGACAGCUUCAUGAGGCACCGCUCGCACUGCGAGAGGCGCAGCAGGCUGGGGGAGAGCGGGGAAGGAGGGGGCAGCGGCGAGGGAGGGAGAAGAGGGGGAGGCGGAGGGGAGGAUGGGACGGAUUUGAUUUCCUCCGCUCACCUCCUCCUGUCUGCAGGUGAGGGAGGUCAGGGUAAUGUUCAGGGAGGAGGAGGAAGAGGAGGAGUGUCUGUUUCUUCUCCACAUCUCACCGGCGGCGUCUCAGCCACAGGAAGCAGCAACAGCAACAACAUGGCAGCCGCAGGGGCGCUUCUGGGGGUCGUCUCUCAGAGUCCAGGUCAGGGAUCUGGGAUGUUUGGUGCUCUGGUGUUGGGUCGGAGUGUGUGUGGUGAAGACAGUGCCAAUGAUAACAGUGUGACUUAAACCAAAACUGUGUGUCAUGUCCAACGGGCCUCUUGGUGAGAUAACGGUCGUGUUCCUGGUUCCUGCUGCUGUUUUACUAACAACUCUUAACUGCCAACACUCAGCAUUUCAAGCAGGAAGUGCGUAUCAUGGAGAACAGGUGAGGCUCCAGUUGGACACUGAAGCAGAAGCUGUAGAUGUUCACAGAAAAACAGGACGUUGAGAUUCCAGUGGACUUGUGGGGAGAAGUUUCUCAAACAUACUUUUCUAUCAGAAGUUAUCUGCAGUACAUGUUCCAUGAAACCUGUCUCCGAAAAGUGGCCUCAUAAAAAAAUGAGCUUUUGUCUCAGUGAGUAAGCUAUUGUUUAAAUAUGUGAGAUGUUAUUAAAGUUUAUUUUUUUGGUUUUGCGGGAGAGUGCGUGUGUGUCGAGAGGAAACCAAAAAUGAGAAGACAGUGCUUCACUAACUGUGACAACAUUAUAUCUGUAGAGUAGAAAAAUGGCUGUUUCUAAAUCGCUGUGAUUUUUCUGCAGUAUCGUAUUGUGAUUUCUUGCUGUAAUCAGAUUUUUAAAAAAAACCAGGAAUGAAGGAAAAGAGGAGAUUUACAUAGUGAAACCAAAACAGGCACCAGGUUUUAGCAGAUUUCAAAGCUCACUCAGAUUUCCUAGUUAAAGUCUUAAAGACGAAAACAUUGCAGAUUUGUGUUUCUCUUCUUUUUCUUUGAAUUCCUCACAGCAGCAGCCGCGGUGCAUCUUUUCCUGCCCCAUGUAACAAACUGAUGACACCACGCUGCUGUUUGGAUUACAGUUACAGAUCAGUCAUUCUUCUCAUCACAGGGGGACACGUCCCCGACACGUGAACAGGGAAGGACAGUUCGGACUUGUUCGCCAGUUUCGCUGCUGUUACCUGCUUUCACUUUCUUACUUUGUCGUUCACAGAGUUCUCGUGCUGUGAGUAUAUUAUUCUAAUUGUAAAUAUAUAGAGAUAUAUAUAUAUAUAACGUCAGACCUGGAACAAAUACUAACUUGGGACAGAUUCUAGUUCUUGAGAACAUUUUUUAAUUUGUUCUGCACUGGGUGUCCUAAAAUUUCAAUAAGCAUCAAGUAGCUUUAGGGAAACCUGACGAUGGAAGAUGGUGAACAUAACUAAGCUAUACAGUGUAUAGUGCUUAUACCUCCUCUGAAUGUCGAGUUUAAUCCAGUUAUGAAGCAUUGACUGUAAACUAAAGAUGGACGACACUUCCUCCCACUAUCCAGCAAUGAAGCCAAAACAUCAUAAUAAUCAAUAUUUGAGAUGUUUGCACCCCCUUGUGGUCAGAGCUGACACUGUUACAAAGAGAUGAUGUUAUAAUGUGUGUUCAUGAAGAUAUGUGGCUGUAACUGUUUUAGUUCCAUGUCCAACAUAACGUCAACCAAACCAAACAUAGUUCCAGUGUUGCAGUGAAGUUAACGCACAGUGAGCGGAGGAGGAAAUAUCACACAUGACCUCAUGAACAUGUCGAAUGCCUUCAGAGAUGUUUCCCUACAGAGGAUGUGAAUGCUUUACCUUCUGUGAAGGCUGAGUUUGGAUGUUUUUAUAGACCCAGGUUUGCAGCUCGUCCAAGUGGUGAGUGAUCUGUGUUCAGGACUGUGCUUCAGCUGAUGUUUGUUCCCGCUGCUGCUGAAUUAGAGCAAAAGAGAAAACACUGGACGUUAACGUGUGAGAGAUGUGUCUCAUGGUGAUCUCAUGGUUUUCUUUGGUGAGCAGUUUGAAGUGCGCCAACACUCGACAGCUUUUAAACAUGCAGACAGAGUUUCAGUCUCCCACUUUCACACUUUACCUCCGGAUCAUCUUCACCAGUCAGCCACAGGAAGGUUCAACCAAUAUUUAAAGCAACACUAUGUAACUCUUACUCAGCAACAGCGCCCUCUGCAGGACGUUCUGGUCGAGAAGUGGGAAUGAAAAAAGGAAACAUUCUCCAUAUUCAGUCACCGAAACAUCAAACUGCUGUUUUAAAGUAUUGAGUCAUAGAGUUGCUUCAAAUAAUAGAGCAGCAGUUUAUAUCAGACAGAUAUAAAUGUAAUUUCAAUACAACUGCACCUCAAUUCUCUUAUGUAGAAUUCGACUUUUUAAAUUUUUUUAAGAAUUACAGAUGUUAAAAAAUGUUUGAAACAGCCCUCUGAUAUUAAAACGUCCAAAUUGGAAAGUUUAUCUCAUUUAAUAAAACUUUUCUUCUAACAAAAAAAUGUAUUAAUAACAAAGAGACCUCACGUUUUCUUGUCUUGUUUCUGACCAACAACAAAUCAAAACGACAACUCUCUGAAGCCAUGAGUCUAGUGUGAAUGAAUGAUAGAGAAACAUGACGAUGGAGGAUCAGAGCUGAAAGCUGCUGCAAACCACACUGAGGUCUUUUUAUUAUUUUUGUACAUUACACAGGUUCUUUAACGUCUUUGACUGACCAGCUGAUUGUUGAACAGAAAACGUUGUAAAUCCUGAAUGGAGUGAUACUAAUAAUGUAAGAAACUACAGUACAUGAAUAUUCAAAUCUGCCCUGUAUCAGAAAUAAUGGAUUAAUAAAUUUCUUGGUGCAAAUACUAGUCAGAGUUUGUUUUUAAUCUGUUCUCGACAAAUGGAAAGAAAUCUUUGGCUUCGUCUAUGUAUGAGACCAUUAUAAAUAAAGAUGGACGACACAAAAAUGAAGCCAAAUCAUUUUGAUCGCCUCCU